UGGAACACCUUUUUAAAAAGUUACCAACGCCAGCGACCUACUCUGUCCUUUGAACUCAUCUCCAGUUCUUUAAUGCAUUAAUUUAAUUGCUAAACCAAUGGCGGCAGCAGUUGUUCCGGAGUUUGCAGCAAAGUUGGUUUGACCUUUUGUGGUCACCUUCUUGCUUUAAAUAUUUGGUACUCUCCCAAAGAAAUCGGACCCUUAUUGUAAUCUUCACUCUCUCUCUAUUGAAAAGUUCAGAUCUUGACGGACUCUACGAUUUCAAGGCGAACUGUCUCUACUCAAUACAUUUUUCACCUGUGCGUGUCCAAGACUUCAUCGAAAGCUGAUUCCUGAACUUGGUCCCCAGAUUUUCAUCUGCAAGUAAGCGAUAAUAUUCGAUCGUCAGGAGCAUGGCAGUCGCAGGGGAAUUAACGGUUCCUUGUGGUCAGAUCAGUUCAAAGAUCCCAACUUUCAAUGCCAAGAGCCAGAUUUUUGGUGUGCCCAUGAUUUCUUGCUCUGGAGGGAAACUGAAGAGUUGGAUGUCUACUGGAGUUAGAGCAGUAUUGCAAAUGGGAGUGGGAGCAGCUGAGAGUGGGAGCAAGAUUGGGGGUGCUUUAGGUUUUGAUGUGGUGUCGCAGGAAGAGUUGAGAGAGAAGGGUUUUCUGGGUAUGAGGAAGACAAAGCUCGUGUGCACUAUUGGCCCUGCUUGUUCCUCCUUGGAAGAUCUGGAGAGGUUGGCAUUAGGAGGGAUGAAUGUGGCUAGGCUCAACAUGUGUCACAACUCGAGGGAGUGGCAUUUGGAUGUGAUCAGGAAGAUCAAGAAGUUGAAUGAAGAAAAGGGUUUUUGUGUUUCGGUCGUGAUUGAUACCGAGGGCAGUCAGAUUCAUGUCGUUGAUCAUGGUGCUCCUUCCUCUGUCAAAGUAGAGGAAGGAUCGAUCUGGUUAUUUACUACGAAAAAGUUUGAGGGUUCCCGCCCUUUCACUGUCCAAGCAAACCACUCCGGAUUUUCUGAAGGUGUCGAGGUUGGUGAUGAGCUCGUUAUUGAUGGGGGCAUGGCAAGUUUUGAAGUCGUUGAAAAGAUUGGGAAUGAUUUGAAGUGUAAGUGCACAGAUUCUGGUUUGUUUCUUCCUUGCGCAAAGUUCAGCUUUUGGAGAGAUGGGAAGCUUGUCGAGAGGAAUUACAAAUUGCCUACUCUGUCAAGAAAGGAUUGGGCUGACAUAGACUUUGGAAUUGCUGAAGGUGUAGACUUCAUUGCAAUGUCAUUUGUCAAUGAUGCUGAUGCAGUCAGCAACCUUAAGGAUUACAUUUCCACCAAAUCAUCCAAAUCUAUUAGAGUAUUGGCAAAGAUAGAGAGCCUAGAGUCUCUUCAAAAAUUGGGGGAGAUUGUUGAAGCUUCCGAUGGUAUCAUGAUUGCUCGGGGUGAUCUUGGAGUGGAAAUCCCCCUGGAGCAGAUUCCCACAGUCCAAGAGAAAAUAACUUAUGUCUGCAGGCAAAUGAAUAAGCCUGUGAUUGUAGCUUCGCAACUUCUCGAGUCCAUGGUCGAAUUUCCUACUCCAACCCGUGCGGAGGUUGCAGAUGUGUCUGAAGCAGUUAGACAGUAUGCCGAUGCUUUGAUGUUAUCAGGUGAAUCUGCAAUAGGAUCAUAUGGACAGAAAGCUCUUUCUGUCUUGCGAAUGGCUAGCAGUCGGAUGGAAUCGUGGAGCCGGCAGGAAAACCGACAGAGCACGCUCUUUCAUCGUAAGCUAGGAACGUCAUUGCCUGACCGUAUUGCUGAGCAAAUUUGUAAUUGUGCUGCUGAAAUGGCUAACAACCUCGGCGUUGAUGCCAUUUUUGUGUACACAAAACAUGGACACAUGGCAUCUCUUCUGUCACGCAACCGUCCAUACUCUCCCAUAUUCGCGUUCACGAACGACAAAAGCACCAGGAUGGCUCUCAAUUUGCAGUGGGGAGUUAUUCCCCUCUUCAUUGACUUGACAGAUGACAUGGAAGCUAACAUCGCAAGGUCAGUCGAUCUGAUGAAGGUGAAGGGGUUGGUGAGGGAGGGAGACACUGUACUGGUGGUCUCGGAUGUCACUACCACCGGUGCACCCUCUACUGCUUUCCAAUCAAUCCAGGUGAAGACCAUUUCUUAAGCACUCGAACCACACAAUAAGUUAUCUUUAUAUCGAUUGCAGCUUAAGUCUUCUUUACAUGAUGCCAUUCAUGUAUUACCUGUUGAUUGGGUAAUGCACGAUUGCUUUGAAGUUUUAGAGGAUAUAUAGACCUCACUUUGGGUUCUGAUGCAACGCCCUCAAGCUCAAUCUUGCAUUGUUAAGCUAGUGACUGAACAAUCAUGCUUGCUCAAAAGUUGCUAGUUCAAAGUUUUGAUCA